CCUUUCCUCUCUCUCUCUCCAUCUCCCUCAUGCCUCCUUCUUCUUCUCGAUCCAUCUCUCUCUCUUUCUCUCUUCUCUCUGUUCCUAGUCCAUCGAUUUAACCUCUUUCAGAUUCUCCUUCUUCUUUGACUUUUCUUUGACACCGUAGUCUCUCUCCCCUUCCAUCGAUUUAGGGUUUCCGAUUUCCUCUUCUAGUUUUUCUUUUCAAAAUUUCCUUUCUUUUUUGUUCCUCUCCUUCUACAAUCUCCUCGAAUUCAUCUUGACCAAGGAGGCGUCUGAUCCGAUCUCCCUCGAGAAUAUGUUUUUGUGCUGCUCUUCUGCUUUGAUCGCGUAGGAUUUGUAAUCGUGUUAUGAUGGUGGGUACACAAAAUUUAGGUGGUUCGUUGCCGCCGCUGAAUUCCCCUAAAAGCUAUGGAAUUACGAAGCCGCUCUCGCUUGCUGGCCCUUCCUCGGCGGAUAUUAAGCGUAAUGUCGAGCUGGAGAAGUACUUGGUUGAUGAGGGACUCUACGAGAGCAAGGACGAUACCAUGCGGAGAGAGGAAGUUCUGGGACGCAUUGAUCAGAUUGUAAAGCACUGGGUGAAACAGUUAACGCAGCAAAGAGGAUACACAGAUCAGAUGGUGGAGGAUGCAAAUGCUGUCAUUUUCACCUUUGGAUCCUACCGACUUGGCGUGCAUGGUCCUGGGGCUGACAUUGAUACUUUGUGUGUUGGGCCAUCUUAUGUUAACCGGGAGGAGGAUUUCUUCAUCAUCUUGCAUGAUAUAUUGGCUGAGAUGGAAGAAGUGACUGAGCUCCAUCCUGUUCCCGACGCCCAUGUUCCGGUCAUGAAAUUUAAGUUUCAAGGAAUACCGAUUGAUCUGCUCUAUGCUAGCAUAUCACUUUUAGUUGUGCCACAGGAUCUGGAUAUCUCCAGCUCUUCUGUGCUGUGUGAUGUUGAUGAGCCAACCGUUCGAAGUCUUAAUGGUUGUAGAGUUGCUGAUCAGAUUCUGAAACUCGUUCCAAAUUUUGAGCACUUCCGGACAACUUUAAGAUGCCUGAAGUACUGGGCUAAGAAGCGUGGCGUGUAUUCAAAUGUGACUGGAUUUCUUGGCGGUGUAAACUGGGCACUUUUGGUUGCUCGUGUCUGCCAGCUCUAUCCAAAUGCAAUUCCUAGUAUGCUGGUUUCUCGUUUUUUCAGAGUGUAUACUCAAUGGCGGUGGCCGAACCCAGUCAUGCUUUGUGCAAUAGAAGAGGAUGAGCUUGGAUUUCCUGUCUGGGACCCUCGUAAAAAUCAUCGUGACCGCUAUCACCUUAUGCCAAUAAUAACUCCAGCUUACCCAUGCAUGAAUUCUAGUUACAAUGUUUCUCAAAGCACUCUUCGCGUUAUGACAGAGCAGUUCCAGUUUGGUAACAAUAUCUUGCAGGAGAUUGAAUUAAAUAAACAGCACUGGAGCUCUUUAUUUGAACAAUAUAUGUUUUUCGAGGCAUAUAAAAACUACCUUCAGGUUGAUAUAGUGGCAGGAGAUGCAGAAGAUUUAUUGGCUUGGAAGGGUUGGGUGGAGUCGCGGUUCAGACAGCUGACCUUAAAGAUAGAAAGAGACACUAAUGGGAUGUUAAUGUGCCAUCCCCAACCAAAUGAGUAUGUAGACACGGCUAGGCAGUUUCUGCAUUGUGCCUUUUUCAUGGGCUUGCAGAGGGCAGAGGGAGUUGGUGGUCAAGAAUGUCAACAAUUUGAUAUACGUGGUACGGUCGAUGAGUUCAGACAAGAAGUAAACAUGUAUAUGUUCUGGAAACCUGGGAUGGAUGUGUUCGUUUCUCAUGUUCGUAGACGACAGCUUCCACCUUUUGUUUUCCCAAAUGGAUAUCGAAGGCCUCGGCAGUCCAGGCACCAAAAUCAACCGGGUGGAAAAUCUGGUGAAGAUGGCACUGUUUCUCAUUCUGGCUCUGUGGUGGAGAGGCAUGCCAAGAGAAAGAACGAUAGUGAAAUGAUGGAUGCGAGGCCAGAGAAACCUGAGAAGCGUGCAUCUCUUAGUCCACAGAGUCUAGAUAUAGUUUCUCCUGAAAGUAGUGCUAUCACUACUGGUUGGACUCCUCCUGUUUGCAACCUUAGAAGGCCACCAAGCGAGGAAAUAGAAGCUGAAAAUUUGAACACCGAGUGUACUGAACUCACAAACUUUGCUCGAAAUGAGUGUAACUCUGGCAGCGAGCAAGUUCUUGAAGUAGAUAGUAUGGCUCUAGUUCAAGAAUGCUCUGAUCCGGCUGAGCCUUUGGGAAAGUGUGUAACACCUGACUCUAGUGAUGUGGUAGCAUGUGUAAGUGGGCAGGAAGAAAACUUAGAUCGUAAUUUGAGGUCUGUAUCCAUCAGUGGUACUGACUCCCAACCUCUUCCGAGGCUACUUGAUACGAAAGGUGUUGUCGAUGAACUUGAGAAAGAAUCAAAGACAUUUGAUGGGACGAGGACCACUGGAAAUAUUGCUGACAGUGUUCAACCCAGCAGAUCUUGUGGGCAGAACCGUGAUUAUGAGGGUUUCGGGUUUCCUGCUGCAAAUUCAGAUCCUUUGGGAAAGGAAAACUUGUACUCUCAAAGUGGCAUGUCGGAAGACCUUCAGGUUAUUAAGUCAAACUCUUUGGUCAGCGGGAUGGAGAAGUCGGAAGACAGAGCUAGGUCAGAAUCUUUGCAGAAGUCACAGAUAAGGUUAAGCUUAAAGUCCACUGUGUGAACGUCCUCUAGGCUAUUGACGUGAUAACCAGACACAUCAAGAAAAGGAGGAUAUCAACUCAAAUUGUUGCGGUGGACAGACGACAGAGUCCAGAAGCUUUUUGGUAAGUGAACUUUUAAUAUGGAAAAAAAAAAGAAAAAAAAAAGUUAAAAAAUGACAUUUGAAAAAUUCAAAAAAAAAAGAUAAAAGUUAAAAAAAAAAAAAAAGGAAACCAAAAGAGAAGAGAAGGUAUAGGCAGAGGAGCAUUGGAAGGAUUUAUUUUGGUGGUGGUAUUUUGAGUGAGCUUGGACGACCAAAGCUCAAUAUGCGUCAUGAGGUGGGGACAAUGAUCAUUGACUUGAAGAUGGAAAUGAUUUAUAUAAUGUCGGGAUGAUGAAUGCUUUUUUUUUAAUUCGGCUGCUUCAGACUCCGGUCCUCUUUAGGGCUUUGACUUGAAUCGUUGUGUUUUUAAUUUUAUUUUACCUUUUAUGUAUAUAAGGUCUAUGCCUUUGUCUCUCUUUUUUGGAGUUAUGCUGUCUAAACUAAGUGAGAGUAGUUGCAAUGAAAGGCUUUAAAAGACA